AUGAAGACUUGUGGAGCUCUACUGGUGCUGCUGUGCUGCUGUUUGGCUGAGACACAGCUUACAGGAGACACCACCAGUGACAAUGACAUCACUCACCAGGGCCACUAUGGUGAAGCAGAGACCACAGAAAAUGAAGUCAUGAGUGCAGCACAGACAACUGAAGAUGCAGACACAGCCUCCAUCCAACAAACCUGCCAGCCUGACGUCCACACUGUGCUGAGGGAGAUGAGCGCUCUGGUGGUGGAGCAGAGAGUGGAGCUCAGACACACCAAGACACAAAUGGACGCCAUGGAGACCAGACUGAGAGUCAGUGAGAUGACAGUAGAGGAGCAGAGAGUGGAGCUCAGACACACCAAGACACAAAUGGAGGCUGUGGAGACCCGAUUGAGAACUAGUGAGAGACUAGUGGAACUACUAAGAAGUGAAAAUGAAGCUCAGGCAAUGAAUCUGAACCUCACGGCGAGCCAGGUGGAGGAGCUGAGGAGGGAGACAGAGGAGAGAAGGGUGUCGUUCUCUGCCUCAGUGGUAACAUCUGGUGCUGGAAAUAUAGGACCCUAUUCAGCUGCAACUACUCUCAUCUACAGAAAUGUCAUAUCCAACAUUGGCAACGGCUACAACAAAAACACAGGGGUGUUCACAGCUCCAGUCAGAGGGGUGUACCAUUUUGCUGUAUCUCUCUUAGGUAACGGUCAUGCCUCCACACCCUCAGCAGUCACCCUACAUAAAAAUGGACAGCAUGUUGUCAUUGCCUACACUCACACACCAAGCCACUGGACUAGCUCCUCCAACGGAGCUUCUCUGCUGCUGGAGGUGGGAGAUGUUGUCUAUGUGAACCUGAGGGCCAAUGCGUGGGUGUAUGAUAAUACACAACGCUACACCACCUUCUCUGGCCACCUGCUCUUCACCAUGUGACAAGUCAGUCCUCUGACUUAAAAAAAAUAAUGAUUCACUGACUCGAGUAUUGCAAUAUUGUGUUUUGUGAUACGUUGUUUGCCGAUAGGGAAAUGUGAGUGCCUUUGCUUAUGCUUCAUGUCACAGGCACUGUGAUACAUGCAAAAUUGUAACCCCUGAAUUGUGCUAAAUAUGAUUUCAACUGAUUCUUCCCAGACAAGGAAAUGACCUCAGGAAUAAGACACCACACAUUUGGAAAGAAAUGGGAAAGAAAAAAGUAGUUCAGACUGAGCCAUAGCAAAUACAUAUACUGUAUGUCUGAUGGAAUGAUCACUGUUCUCAUUUCUGAAUCCUAAAUAACUGCUGUUUCAUUCUCUAGCACAGAUGGCCACAUAAGUUAUAGAAGGGGAACAAACAUUAUGAGUUAUGAUAUGAUAUGUCACAUAUAUUUUUUGUUGUUGUUAUUUUCAUAGCGUUCACAGGCUAUCCAAGUAAAAAUAGUUACUGUUAUUAUACGGCUCUUCACAAUGCAAGUAGAACGCCCCAUUGACUUGAAUGGGAUUUCCCAACGUUCUACCGGUCAUUAUUUCUUGAUAGAUGACCGCUCCGAAGAAAUAAUGACCGCUGCCAAUGGCAACGGGUUCACUCCGCUAGUUGUUGCGGAAGCCACGAAACGGUAGCCAAGUCAUUGCUAAAGACACAUUGAGAUGAGUUUCUUUUCUCGUUUUGGCAAGUAGCCGUAUAAUAAGCGGGAUAAUGUAUAGAACGCCGGUCAUUAUCGGAAAAUAAUUCCCUUCAGGAC